UGUUUUGUUGAUAUUUUUAUUUAAGAUUCAAAUCAUAAAUUCAUAAAAAAGAUAAAAAAAUACCAUUUAUUUAAUCGUAUGGCAAAAUAACAUCAACAUACAGAAAAAUAACCUGAAGGUAUUUUCCGCGUAAACAGAAUAUACAAAUAACUUACGUAUGAAGCAAAUGAUAAAUAAAUUAAAUUCAAUGAAAACAAACAAACAAUCAAAUCUUUCUAAUAUAUUUACAAUAUGAAUAUGUCUUUGAGAUUUUUUUCACAUGUGCAUUAAUUAAGUAUGGUAUUUUGCAUUUUUUGAUUUAUACUUUACCAACCAAGAGUUUAUUUUUUUUAAUCUUUGUGAUGUAUUAAUUUAUAAUACGAUUAUUAUGUACCAUAUUUCAAUUCAAUCGUUUCAGUAGCUUUAAAAAAUUCAGUUACUUUUUUUAUUAUUGUAUGUAACCCUAAAAUAGAGACAAUACAUGUACUUCAAAAUCAAGGCUUUAGUGAAUCAUGGAAAAAUAAACGUGCGAGCAAUUGAAGCAUUGUUAUAAAUGACGACACUCGUGAUUCAACUGAGAAUUUUACACAUAAGUUUAACCCAAACAAAUCUCUUGAGAUUAUCGCUUAUCAACGGACAGUUGAUUGCUCUAUUUAAGCAUUAUUAUCAAAUGACCAACACUAUUUCUCAAAAUGGCAGCUACGUGUUACUUCGUUUUCCUGUUUUGUGUUUCUGCUGCACUGUCAACAAAAGAGAAACAGCAAGAGAGUGAAAAAAGUAAAUUAGAACAAUACAUUAACACUAAAUUGCCUGAAAUAAAUCAAAGAUACUGGCUGCACUACCAUAUCGCACCACCGGUAGGAUGGAUGAAUGAUCCCAACGGAUUUUCCUUUUUCAAGAAUGAAUAUCACAUGUUUUACCAAUUCUAUCCGUAUAAAAGUGAAUGGGGUCCGAUGCACUGGGGUCAUAGUUCAAGUCCUGACUUAGUGAAUUGGAAGAGACUCCCAACUGCAUUACAUCCUGAGAAAGAACAGUGCUUUUCAGGUAGUGCAGUAGAAGAUAAUGGCCAACUCGUUCUUAUGUAUACCGCUCACGUAGUGCUCAAUGCUACCAGCAAUAAUACUUUAUACAAUGAAUCUCAGUAUUUAGCAUAUAGUGCAGAUGGGAUAAAUUUCGAGAAAUACUCAGGAAAUCCUGUUUUGUCUUCUUCACCAAACGGAUCGUCUGAUUUUAGAGAUCCCAAGGUGUGGAAGUAUGGUAACAAUUGGUAUGUCGUAAUUGGAAGUAAAACCAACGAAAACAGAGGCAGAGUACUCCUGUAUCGAUCAACAGAUAUGAAAACCUGGGAAUUCUUAUCAGUUAUUGCAGAGUCGGCUGUAGAUAGUAAUAUGGGCUACAUGUGGGAAUGUCCCGAUUUCUUUGAGUUAGAUGGUAAGUUUAUCCUUUUAAUGUCCCCUCAAGGUAUGAAGCCUGUUGGUGAUAGAUACAAGAAUACAUUUCAAACAGGCUAUAUUGUUGGAAAUUUCAGUUACGAAACAUUUAAGUUUGUACCUGAAACUGAAUUCCAAGAGAUAGAUUAUGGACAUGAUUUUUAUGCUACACAAACCCUUGAGAAAAACGGAACAAGAUAUAUGGUCGCUUGGUUUGGAAUGUGGGAAGUUGAACAUCCUGAAGCUAAAGAUGGUUGGUGUGGAGCGAUGACUAUUGUUAGAGAACUAAGACUUCUGGGAGACAGAGUUUUGAUGAAACCGGUUCACGCUAUGACAACACUGAGAGAUAGCGCUGUGUUUUCUGGUAACUUUACCUUGAAUCAAGUACUAGAGUUUGAUAAGACAGCUGAGAUCAUAUUAAACGGCAACUUGUCACUUAAAAUAGAAUUGUUAGUUGAAGGCAGAAAUGGUGGAGGCAAAGCUUGGAUCAAAUGGGAUCCUGAAGUGGGUAAGAUUGUCGUUGAUAGAGGUUCUAAUGAUACUCGUCAAGUGAAAUGGAUUCCUAUUGCAUCUCAUUCUUGGAGACUAUUUUUGGAUACUAGUUCUCUAGAACUCUUCUGCGGAGAGGGCGAAGUAGUUUUCAGUACUAGAGUUUAUCCAAAUAAUCCAUGGAAAGUGACUAAUCUUAGUCCACAAACAUUAAAUAUCCAAGCUUAUCAUCUAAAGAGAAGUGUCCCAUACUACAAUUCCUCUGUCAAAAGUUUCCAAUAUGUAUUGAGUGCGUCAUUUAUAAUUACAAUUUUAACAAUUUUGUCAAGUUUGUAGAUAAUAUGAAUGAUUAUUAUUUGUUAAUUUAUAAUGAAAUUAUGAUAUAAAGUAAAACAAAAUUUUAUAUAUUACAUCUAAUUUUUAUUUCUUAAAUUAUUAAGAAGUACCAUUAUUUUCAUGAUCCUCUUAACUGAACUAACAUAAAUUACAUCAAACAUAAUUAUUUAUGAAGAUUUAAGAAAAUAUUAUUAGGAAUUAACUAGUUGCUAUUAACUCUAUUUGCAUUUUCUUUCUAGAAAAAUGAAAGUUUGAACUUUCAAUGCAAGUACUCUGUAGUAACUAAGACAAUUUAGAUAUAUAUUAUGUAUGGUAUGUACAUAUAUGUAUCUAGAAUCGUCAUAACAACAUUAUAGUAUCUAACCAAACCU